UGGACCACAAGAAGGGUGCUGAAAACUCCUCUCAAAGAGUACAGGAUCAGAACAGGAUCUUUGGGGAUAAACCGUGAGAGACUCUAGACGCGGGCUGUGCUGCUGAAAGGGUGCUCAGGAUGAGGAGGAGAGGCAGUUAUGAUGGCACCACUGCCCCCAUACAGCCACACCUGCGGGGUCUGGCUCAGAGGAGACGUUCUGCACCGAACCUGGUGCUGGGGAAAGCUCUAGGAAUGUCUUGGAGCCCAAUAAGGGAGGAGGCUCAGUGUCUGGUGGCCGUGGAUCAGUGUCCCUUUGUGCUCGGACUGACCAGUGAGCACUCAGAGCUGAUUCUGGAUGAAUGUGCUCAGCUGACCGAAGGACUGAAGACCAGGGAAAGACACCUCUUCCUCCUCAGUGAUGCCCUGGUCAUUGCCAAACUCAAGUCAAAUGCGAGUUACAGACUGAAACACAGGAUUGAUCUGAAGGACCUGUGGGUGUGCAGCUUUGAAAAUGAUGAUGAGGCAGAGGAUGAAGAUACAGAUGUUGAUCUAAGAACCUCUAUCAUAUUGGCUUGGUCUGUUUCUCUGUGCUUAGCCUCAUUCUGUCUGCCUGAGCUAAAGGACCACUGGCUAGAUACUCUACACAGGAAAACUGCAGAGGCUAGAUCGAGAGCAGGCAACACUUCUCCACCGCCCAGUGUCCUCAUGAAGGUGCUGAGUGGCAAUACUACGAAUAAAACUCUAAGUGGAGUUGGGAUGGACUCUGCAGAGUUGCCUUUAGAUGGCAACGACAAAAUCUCCACCCUCUCGAAGCAGUUUCAUAACCAGGAGGAACAAACACAGCAGCCUAUUGGAGAGAAUGGAAGCAAAAGGAACUUUUUCUUCAAAUUGAAGAGAAGCUCCACCAACAUAAGUGUACCUGCUCCUCCUGAGUCCAGUGCAAAGAACUUGCUGUUUGGACGACAUCUCCAAGAUGAUGCCCCACUUCCAAAACCAAUUACUGAAAUACUACUGUUGUUGUUCAGGAAGGGUCCACUUACUGAGGGUGUCUUUAGAGUGUCGUGCAACAGCAAAAAACUGAAUGCUCUCAAAGAUCAGCUGAACUCUGGAGCGCAGGUGGACAUGGAAGACCUGCCUGUGACACUCUUGGUUGGACUAUUGAAGAUUUUCCUGAAGGAAAUCCCUGGAGGCCUGCUAGUAUUUGAGCACUAUGAAAGCUGGAUCAGUGCUCUGGAAACAGAGAGGACAGAGGAUGCUCAAAGAGAGCUGAGGAGAAUGGCCGAGAGGUUGCCCAAAGCAAACAGUCUCCUCCUGCAGCACCUGCUGUGCCUGUUUCACCACAUCAGUCAGCGUUCAGAAACCAACAAAAUGGAUGCCAGGAACCUGGCAGUGUGCAUUGCUCCAACCUUGCUGCAUCCUGACAGCCAGCCCCUAGACAGGGAUGAUGUCGCAAAGGCCACACAUCUUAUCCAGUUCCUAAUUGAAAAUUGCUGUGAGGUAUUUGGAAAUGCUAUACUGAAGCUUUCUGAAGAUUUAGAGGAUCAGGAGUCCAUAUACAAGUCAGAUUCAGCCUCCUUGGCGUCCCCUGAUAUCUCUUUCGAUGUCCACCGGCAUGAUUCAGCGUAUGACAGCACAGAUCCCGAUGUUGAUUGUGACAGUGAAAGCCAGACUCAAGAGGACAACAUGACGGCACAUGGGAGCCUAGGCCUAUGCAAGCUAGGACUCUCUGACAUUCAUUCGUCUUCCUCUGACACUAUAUUUGAAACUUUCACAAAACCUUUCAAUCGGCGGUGCUCUGAGCCCUCCAUUUUUCCUUCUGACCCGAUCAUGGGUUUAAGAGAGCUUGCCCGCAGCCAUGACGACUUUUCAACAGAAAAGGAAGACUUUGACGACCAACCGCUCAAGAAGCAGAACUCAGAUGACUCUUUCUUGCAUCCCAAAAGCUGUGAAAACAGAAGAUCCCAGAUGUUCCUCAAGAAACUGGUCAGGAACAUGGACUUGCCAAUCAGUGUGUCUUCUCCAACAUCUAAGACUGGUUCCUGCCAAUCAUUUUGUUCCUCAGAAAGCACCUCCUCCAAUCUCUCAGAGCAAUCUAUAACCACGUCACCCCUGCCAUCCCCGGCAAGCCCCCGCAAGUCUACUAGGCAUUCAUCCUUUAUGAGUAAAUCUAAACACAGCAAUGGCCAAGGAGACUUGGAAGGGACCCGACGAUCCCUCUCAGUGAGGGCCAAAAGCCUUGGAAACUUUGCAUUUAAUAGAGGCAGUCUGAAAAAAGGGGAGUCCAAGAAGGAAGUUGUCUUCCCUUGUGAAACUCUCCAAGAGGACUCACAAAAUGAGAGAGACAGUGUUGAUGAGCUUGUUCGGCGUCGUCGGCCUCUCUCUGCCAUUGAAGUCUUCCAACAUGUGGAUAGUCGUAUGCCAUGCAGCCCCCCAUCCUAUGAGCAGGCGCUGCAGACCGGAGCACAACCGGCCCCUCCACAGUACAGGGCCAUGACGGUCCAACGUGCCAGAGAGCUUGACAGGAAAUCCCGCCCCAUAUCCAUGAACGACUACCUACUGGACAGUUACAAAGUUAACGAACCCAUAGAAUACAUAGAAACAUUCACAGAAAGUGUUCGAGUAGAAGAGCCACAGCCGGUUUCAUUCCGGCAGAGGGCCAUGUCUGAGUCAGUGUCCCAGUCGAGGCAAGAACAAGUGUCCCGCAGGUGUAGUCAGCCUGUGUUUGAGGAGUUCUCCUAUGCAAAAGAAUCUUAUGUGUGAGUGUUUCUUUCUUAAUUGCAAUACUGAACUCCUGCUUAGGUUUAAAUAUGAAGUGUGCAAUUUGUUUGUGAUCAGCAUCAGCAAGUGGAAUUGCAAAAACAAUGAUUGUUUUCAGACAAGUUUCCCAAACACUCCACCCACUGGUCAGAUAGCCCUGUCCCAAACUUACAUAACUGGGUGAACCACUGUGUUGUGCUGGACAGGAUGAUAAGCCAAGUAGAGUAAUGUUUUGAUAGUGCUACAAUGAUUACACAAAUCAGCCCAUAAAAAUGGCUUACUUAUAGUUAACUCUUAAGUUAAGCAGGGAUAGAGGGAAUGUAUUUUAACAGAAAAAUUGCACACUUUAGCUUUAAAAUAACAUGCAACUCUCAAGCUGAACUCUUUGACUUAGUGACACAUAUAAUUUAAUGUGUUACAGCAAUUUCAUAUGCUAAUAUUGAAUUUCUUUUUAAAUUCUUGCCAGUAUGAAGCUAUGUAAAUAGACAGUUCAGAUAAUUAAAGUGUAUAAUAUAGUACAAUAGUAAUAAAAUAAUUUUGAUGUAGUAAGAAUGUACAGCUGUAAAUUACAUGAUUUCUGUAUUACUAUUUAACUACAAUAAAGAAUCUUAGAGGACA